AUGGCUACGAAAUUAUUGUUAACGUUAGCGAUAUGUCGCUUAAUUGUUACCGUGGGAUUUACUUUUAACCCGAAUGACCUUUUACUGCUCGGGCUCAAUGGGAAACUCAGCGUGGCUCCAGCCGAUUUACAAUCCGCUUCGGUUGAUUUCGGCGGAGUGUAUAAAGCCGAGCCGAUGGCGGUUCUUCACCCGGCUACAUCCGAGGAUGUAGCGCGGUUAGUGAAGGCCGCGUACGACUCGGCUCGUGGGUUCACCGUGUCGGCUAGAGGUCAUGGACAUUCUAUAAAUGGUCAAGCCAUGACGACAAAUGGCGUUGUGGUUCAAAUGAGCGGCGGUGGCGGCUCGAAAAAUAAGAUGUUAACUAUUUCGGAGAAAUUCAUGUACGCUGAUGUUUGGGGUGGAGAGUUAUGGAUUGAUGUGUUGACGUCCACAUUAGAAUACGGUCUCGCACCGAAAUCAUGGACUGAUUAUUUGUACUUAACUGUGGGUGGUACUCUCUCUAAUGCUGGAAUUAGUGGUCAAGCUUUUAAUCAUGGCCCUCAAAUUAGCAAUGUCCAUGAACUCGAUGUUGUUACAGGUAAGGGUGAGCUAUUGACAUGUUCAGAAAAAGAAAAUUCUGAGCUGUUUCAAGCCGUUCUUGGUGGAUUAGGACAAUUUGGGAUCAUAACAAGAGCAAGAAUUGCACUUGAACAAGCUCCUCAAAGGGUGAGGUGGAUUCGAGUACUAUAUUCCAAUUUUUCAACAUUUACACAAGACCAAGAAUAUUUAAUAUCAUUGCAUGGAAAACCAGCUUCACAAAAAUUUGAUUAUGUUGAAGGAUUUGUUAUAGUUGAUGAAGGUUUGAUAAAUAAUUGGAGGUCUUCUUUUUUCUCACCAAGUAACCCUGUGAAAAUUUCUUCUCUCAAGGCUGAAGGAGGUGUUUUAUAUUGCUUGGAAAUUACCAAAAAUUAUCACCUUUCAAAUGCUGAUACCAUUGAUCAGGAGAUUGAAAUAUUAUUGAAAAAAUUAAAUUAUAUACCAGCUUCAGAGUUCAGAACGGACCUUCCUUACGUGGAUUUUUUGGACCGGGUUCACAAGGCCGAGUUAAAACUCCGGUCUAAAGGUUUAUGGGAAGUGCCACAUCCAUGGCUAAACUUAUUUGUACCAAAAUCAAGAAUUGCUGAGUUUGAUAAAGGAGUAUUUAAGGGCAUUUUGGGAAACAAAACUAGUGGUCCAAUACUCAUAUACCCUAUGAACAAAAACAAAUGGGACGAUAGGAGUUCGGUAGUUACACCAGAAGAAGAUGUGUUUUACUUGGUCGCGUUUUUGAGGUCUGCAUUGGAGAAUGGUGAUGAGACACAAACGUUGGAUUACCUAAGUAAUCAAAAUUAUGAAAUAUUGAAGUUUUGUGAGGAUGAAAAGAUCAAUGUGAAACAAUAUUUGCCUCAUUAUGACAAUCAAAGAGAAUGGAGGGACCAUUUUGGAGAAAAAUAUUGGACAAGAUUUCAACAAAGAAAAUUAGAGUUUGAUCCAAGGCAUAUAUUAGCAACCGGCCAAAAGAUUUUUAUGCCUUCUUUUAAUCCUAAUAUUGCUACUUGGUGA